UAUUGCGAGGCGUUAAACAAGGGAGGUGUGUGACAUUUGCUGCCAGAAGCUAGGUGUUAAACAGCUAGCCGAUGAAAGAGGAACUAAUGUGUAUUUAUAAUAUAACCGCUAAAUUAACACUUAGACUCGCCUUCCUUUCUGCCUCCGUUACGACACUCUUUAGUAACAUUUUAUGUCUAAACUUGUCUUCUAACGCAGCACGUUGUAGAGUAGGCUAAAUGGUUAGGACUAACUUGUACAGCAAGUAGGCUCACUUCGAGUGUGAUGCGUCUGGUUUUAUGCUGUUACGUAAAACAAAGCUUUAGGUACUUUAUUCAGUUCUAAAUGCUGCUACGGACGAAUCAUCCAAGCCGACUUGGCUGUCAUGUACACAAGGUUAAAGUUAGCUUUAGCCAGCUCCUCUCUUGCCAUCGUGCUGCAGUUGUUUAUUAAUGUCUAAUGCUGAUUACUGCCAGCAGGUGUGCUUUAAGAAGUAGGCGGGGGGAGAGCUUGGCAUUGUGUACUUAAAACUUCAGGUAUUGUUUUUUUUUUUUUACAAACAUAUUUGUUGUUAAGUGAGGUGACAACAUGCUGCUCUCCAUAGUUGUGCACACUUACUCGCUGCGGUACUGGUUCCCAGCCACCGUCAUGCUGGGGUCGGCUCCAGCAUACCUUCUGUCAUGGGGUGCUUGGCGCCUACUUUCUUCUUUUUUACCGACCAGACUAUAUCACAGGUUAGACGACCGACUGUACUGUAUCUACCAGAGCAUGGUCCUUUUCUUCUUUGAGAACUACACAGGAGUUGAGAUUGUCAUAUAUGGAGAUAUACCAAAAAACAAAGAAAAUGUUAUCUAUCUGUCCAAUCAUCAAUGUACAGCGGACUGGAUCAUCGCUGACAUGCUGGCCAUAAGGCAGAGUGCCCUCGGCCAUGUCAGAUAUGUUCUUAAAGAUGGGCUCAAGUGGCUCCCACUGUACGGAUGGUAUUUCUCUCAGCACGGAGGGAUCUAUGUGAAACGAAGUGCCAAGUUUGACGUUCAGGCAAUGACAAAGAAGCUUCGAUCUCAGAAUCAGUCAGGAGCACCAAUGUACCUCGUCAUCUUUCCGGAGGGAACGCGGUAUAAUCCCGAACUAAGGAAUGUUAUCGCUGAAAGUCAGGCCUUUGCUGCUAAAGAAGGACUCGCCGUUCUGAGACACACACUAACACCCAGGAUGAAAGCAUCACACAUCGCCCUCGAGACCAUGAGGGCCCACUUGGAUGCGGUUUAUGAUGUCACAGUGGCCUACGAGGGAACACUCGGAGUCGACGGCCAAAGAAAACCAGCGCCUUCAAUGCCGGAAUUCCUGUGCAAAGAAUGUCCGAGAGUCCACAUCCACUUCGAACGUGUGGAUGUCAAGGAAAUUCCUUCUGAGCCGCUCUUCUUCCGCAGGUGGCUGCACGAGCGCUUUGAAAUCAAGGACCGGCUGCUGGCUGACUUCUACGAGGACGACGACCGGGAGAAACUAUGCAGCUUCCCAGGUGAGGGCGCACCGUCCCACCUCAGCCUCACCAAAACCCUCCCCUCCGUGAUCAUCCUGGCGGGGCUGACGCUGCCUUUGCUGCUGACGGAGAGCGGCAGGAAACUGUACUGGAGGACGUGGGUGUACGGGACGCUGGUCGGAUGGCUGUGGGUCAACGCCCUGCCCUGACCAACAUGCGCCCUGAGGCUGCCGCCGUUCAUUUGUACGCCAACACAAGACGUGGGUUUGUGCUGACAAUGAUUUCCUGUUUGGGUUUUUUGCAGCCAGAAGGGAUGAGAAACAAGUGGUUUUGUUUUUAAGAAAAAAGAAAUAUAUAUAUAUAUAUAUAUAUAUAUAUAUAUAUAUAUAUAUAUAUAUAUAUAUAUAUAUAAGAGAUAAAAUACAUAGCCCUACCUUCUUGCUCUCCACGCAAAACAUGCAUGCUUCCCAUUCUCCUUCCUAUAUGACCAAUCCUUAAAGGCCUACUGAAACCCACUACUACCGACCACGCAGUCUGAUAGUUUAUAUAUCAAUGAUGAAAUAUUAACAUUGCAACACAAGCCAAUACGGCCUUUUUAGUUUACUAAAUUGCAAUUUUUAAUUCCCCACGAAGUGUCCUGUUGAAAAAUGACGCGUAUGAUGAUGCGUGCGUUUGACGUCACCGGUUGUAGCAGACAUUUUUUUCCUGCCCGAUCCAAGCUAUAUGUAGUCUGCUUUAAUCGCAUAAUUACACAGUAUUUUGGACAUCUGUGUUGCUGAAUCUUUUGCAAUUUGUUCAAUUAAUAAUGGAGACGUCUAAGUAGAAAGAUGGAGUUGGGAAGUUUUUAGCCUUUAGCAACACAAACACAGCCGGUGUUUCCUUGUUUAAAAUUCCCGAAGGUGAAGCUUUACUAUGGAACAGAGCGGUCAAGCAAACAUGGUUCCUGACCACAUGUCAACCGGCAGGUUCUGGUGAGAAAAUUCUGCUAAUAAGUCAGCUCUUACCGUAGACAUGAGCGGAGCUUGCGUCCUCCUGCAGCUGCGGACUAUUACCUCCUCCCACCGGAGACACUGGCGGUCACCACACCCGUGGCCACACCCCUCCGACUUUCAGGUACCAUAUAAUCUCACUAAAACACUAGUAACACAAUAAGCAGAUAAGGGAUUUUCCAGGAUUAUCCUAGUAAAUGUGUCUAAUAACAUCUGAAUCGCUCUCACUGCCCUCGCCUUUCUUAUUUUAUUUUUUUUUAUCUUUUUUUUUUUUUCUAGUCCUUCACUCUCACCAUUCAUGGGGAAAUUGUCGCUUUCUCGGUCCGAAUCGCUCUAGCUGCUGGUGGCUAUGAUUGUAAACAAUGUGAGGAUGUGAGGAGCUCUACAACCCGUGACGUCACGCCCACAUCGUCUGCUACUUCCGGUAAAGGCAAGGCUUUUUUAUUAGCGACCAAAAGUUGGGAACUUUAUCGUGGAUGUUCUCUACUAAAUCCUUUCAGCAAAAAUAUGGCAAUAUCGCGAAAUGAUCAAGUAUGACACAUAGAAUGGACCUGCUAUCCCCGUUUAAAUAAGAACAUCUCAUUUCAGUAGGCCUUUAACUCUUUUAUAAAGCAAAGGUCUGACUUACACAAACUAUGAAGUGCAUUAAUCGGCUAUUAUUUAUGCAAGGUUGCACAUGAUGCACUUAGUUCACUCCUUCUGUCACACAUUUUGUCCGUGCAUUCAGGUAACCUGACCAUGCCUCAAACGUCUGGUAAAGCCUCCAGAAGGGCUCCCUCAUCCACCAGCUGCUCAACAUUGGGCUUUGAUACUGAAAGUGAAUGUAGCCAUUGAAAGUCUAAUAUGCAUAUAUGAUGACGUUGUAUGACUCGAGGAUGAGUUAGUAUUAUGAAUGCAUGCCAACGCUAUAAUUGUCCUCCUAAAAACAAAUGUCCAUUGCCAAAUCCUGUUGUCCUUUAUCAGUUUUUUACGUUCAGCAAUAAUUUAUCAAUGCCAGCCUUGUGGAUCCUAUUCCCCUUUUCCUCCUAAAUGUUACUUCGGGACUAUCUAUCUACCUUGCUGUUAAGCAACAACAAAAGAACAGUGUUACAAAGCCAUGCAAACUAAAAAGCCAUGUGUGUUAUUUACAUCUCUGCUGUUUGUUCUAUUUCACUUUCCACACGUCGCAGUCUCUCUAUUUUUAAAGACAUGUUUUUAUACCUCAUCCAUCAAUCAGGUUAUGCUACUUUUGUGUUCCAAUACGUCUCAAAUUUUAUAAUAACUUUCAGGAUUUUUUUUUUUUUUUACAUGACAGCAUUUAAAUUUUGAAAAACUGCAAACGUGUGCCUUCUCUUUGGAGGAAGGAGUGUGUCCUCGGCCCUCACCCAGAGGAUGUCUUUGCAAGGGCGUUCAGCAGCCCUGUGUGUGUGUGCGUGUGUGCUGACUUUAUUGUCCGCACAUCACAGUGGCUCAUUUGCUCCUGAAGGACUUCUUUACAGAUUUUGACCAAUUUUACGUGUUGUGGGUUCAGGAGGUGAGUGAAAUAAAGUGUUUUCCCUGGGAGAGAAA